UAAUAUUGUUAUCGGAUUUGUCUCAUCAAUCAUCAAUAAAUGAUUCAACAAAAUCAACCAAACAAACUUUCCGGGAUAAAAUAUUAUUUGAUAAAUUUCAAAAAAUUAAUCUUACUCUUAGAGCUAAAAUAUUUGAUAAAAAUACUGUAAAAAAUAUUCAAAAUAAUACUAUCAUCGACUAUGACUUAUCUAAACUUGAUGUACAAAAUUCAACACAAAUUAAAACUUUUUACAAUGAUUAUAAAAAAUUUUUCAACAAAACAUAUAAAACCAAAGAGGAAGAGGAAGAAAGGGUCGGUCUAUUCAAUGAAACAAUUGUUGCUAUAAAUAUACACAACGCCGACGACUGUUCCCAAUAUACGCUGGGUAUCAAUGAUAUGUCAGAUAUGACGUGGGAAGAAAUUAAUAAACAUAGAUUUGGUUUUAUAACAGAUAAUCCUAAAGAAAAAAUGCUUAAAUUAUCAUUUACAUCCAAUGACAAUACAUCUAAUAUACCCAUUGAAUGGGAUUGGAGAAAGUAUGGUAUAGUAACACCAGUUAGAUUUCAGGAUACUUGUGGUUCGUGUUGGAGUUUUGCAUCGGCCUCUGUAUUGGAAAGUCAUAGGAUGAAGGCUCAGAUAGCUGAGGGAAAGUUUGAUCCGAAAAAACAAUUGGAAAUUAGUGAACAAAAUCUCAUCGACUGUUUCCGUGAUUUCGUACCUAAUGGUUGUGAUGGAGGCAAUACUCUUUGGGCCUUUAAAUACGUAGAGAAUGUUAAAGGACUCAAUAAUGUUAAAGAUUAUCCAUAUGUUAAUAAACAGGAAAAUUGUAAAUAUAAUAAAGAAAAGCGAAUCGAUUUAGACAUAAAGGAUGUCAUACGUACUGAAUCGGGCGAUGACGAGGAACUGGUGGCCGCUAUCUAUACACACGGACCGGUAACUGUGGGCAUACACGCGACACCAAUAUUUCACAAAUAUAAAAACGGUAUAUAUAGUGAUGUUGAAUGUGAUGUCCGUGAACUUAAUCAUGCAUUGGUUGCAGUUGGUUAUCAUCCAGAUUAUUUCAUUGUAAAAAACAGUUGGGGUAAACAGUGGGGUGAAGAUGGCUACAUGAGAGUGUCCAGGUCUAAGGUCAACACUUGCGGUAUAUCUCAACAAUGCUAUUAUCCAGUGCUGACCAAUAAUGUCAAUACUGAUAAAAUCAAAGACAAACUAAUAAAAUAUUAAAUUUUUAAUAAUUAAA